UUGACGAAUGACAAAAUAACAACUGUCACUGUCAGUUUGACGUUUAGAUAAACACCAAUUAUCGCUAUUAUCUCACAAAUCAACAAAUGAGUGUGCGUUCUUCUACUAAUUUCCAGAAAAAAUAUGUUUGUACCCCAAAACGUGCCGCUUUUGUGAAAACCGCAAAAUAUGGUGUAUAAAAUGUAAGGUGCAAUCUAACCUUAAAACUUAAAAUCAAAAAUCGAUGGCCGUGACGUUUUCAGGACACGUAUGUGAUAAGAUAUUUGCAAAAUUAAAUUAAAAGUGAUAAGAAUGCGCCACAAACUUUUAAUUUUUCUCUUCCUGUGUCUCCUGUGUUGUGAAUUCUCAGAGGAAGAUUUACAAGGACCUCCUGAUAAAGCAAAAAGUGAAAAUAAAGACGACGAAAAGACAGAAGGGGACUUCGUCUCGUCUGUCGAAGACGACGACGAUGCUCCCGCUCUUAAAGUAGUACCUGCCCCAGACCUAACAAAAGAACGUGAACGUAGGAAAGGUGACACAAAUGCUAAUGAUGAAAUUUCAGACGCCGUAGACCUUUUUAUGCUUGACCAGGCUAAGGUCAUUCAGAAAAUGGUCCAAGAGAUCGGCUUAAAAAAUGUUGUGAUUGAAGAGACUGAUUUAGAGACGUCAGAGGUGGACGAAUUACCGCCACCACCGGAGAUUAAGCAGAAGAAAAUGUCACCCACGGAGAUUGAAGGAAGAGGGAUUUAUGAAGAAGCAGCUGCGCUUUUGAAUAAAACAAGACCAGACAAGAAGCGCGCAUAUCAAUUGUUGUUAGAAGCUUCUGAGAAGGGAGAUAUUGAAGCAAAUGCUUUAGUUGCGUGGGCUAGGUUGUUUGGUUAUCCUUUGGAGCAGAAUUUAGAGGCCGCUAAAGCGAUUUUUGUAUCCUUAUCUGACAUUGGCCAUGCUGAUGGCCACACAGGUUUAGCGUUUUUAUAUGCAUCUGGAUUAACUGUAAAUGUUAGUCAAGCGAAAGCUUUAGUUCACUACACAUUUGGAGCAUUAGGAGGUAACACCUGGGCUCAAAUGGUUUUAGGUUAUCGUUACUGGUCAGGGAUUACUGUUGCUCCUAGUUGUGAAAAAGCCUUAGACUUUUAUAGACAAGUUGCAGAUAAAGUUAGUCAAGGAGUAUCAUUUGGUGGUGGUGCAGCCAUACAAAGAAUUAGACUUUUGGAUGAAUUAGAAAAUGGAUAUACUUCAGGAAUUUUAGAUAAUGAUCUGAUUGAAUAUUAUCAGUUGUUGGCUGAGAAAGGUGACAUACAGGCACAAGUUGGAUUGGGACAGUUACACUACCAAGGAGGCAGGGGUGUAGACUUGGAUUAUCAAAAGGCCAUGCAUUACUUUACGCAAGCAGCUAAUGCAGGAAACGCUAUUGCUAUGGCUUACUUGGGAAAAAUCUACCUCGAUGGAAGCGACGAAGUAAAAGCCGACAAUGACACAGCUUUCAAAUACUUCAAAAAAGCAUCAGACUUGAACAACCCCGUGGGUCUAAGCGGGUUAGGUCUGAUGUACUUGUACGGCCGCGGAGUCGAAAAAGACUACACCAAAGCCUACAAAUAUUUCUUAGCUGCAGCGGACCAAGGCUGGGUGGACGGCCAACUUCAACUGGGUAACAUGUAUUUCAGCGGUCUUGGAGUUCGAAAAGACUACAAACUAGCCAACAAAUAUUUCUCUUUGGCUUCCCAAUCCGGCCAUGUGCUAGCUUAUUACAACCUAGGUCAAAUGCAUGCUCAAGGGACCGGAAUGUUACGGUCGUGCCCCACCGCUGUCGAAUUGUUUAAAAAUGUAGCCGAAAGAGGACGCUGGGGUGAAAUUUUGAUGCAAGCUCAUUCAGACUAUAACGAGAACAGAUUCAAUGAGGCAUUUGUCCAGUACGCACUGUUGGCGGAAUUGGGAUAUGAAGUUGCUCAAAGCAAUGCCGCAUUCUUGCUGGACAGGAGCGAAGUGCCGAUGUUUAGUACUCAGGAGUCGCUUUCAAGAGCUUUGCUGUACUGGGGGCGUGCUGCAGCUCAAGGAUAUUCGGCAGCACAAGUAAAAAUGGGGGAUUACCAUUACUACGGUUUAGGAACACCUGUAGACUACGAAACUGCCGCAAGCCAUUAUCGACUAGCUUCCGAACAGCAACAUAACGCUCAAGCGAUGUUCAACUUGGGUUAUAUGCAUGAGCAGGGACUUGGAAUGGCUAAAGAUGUUCAUUUAGCUAAGAGGUGUUACGAUUUGGCGGCUGAGACAAGCGCUGACGCAAAAGUUCCUGUUGCUUUGGCACUAUUUAAACUUAACUUGAUGUUUAGCUUAAACAGUUUACGGGAGAGUCAUUUGUCCAGUUUGUUUGAUUUUAAUGAAAUGUUUGGAUCCAACUGGGACUUGUACUUGAUUACAACUCUUACUGCGAUAUUAGCUGCUAUCGUAUACUUCAGAAGACCUCAAGCUCCUCCUCAAGCUUAACAGUGUUUUGUAUACAUUUUUUAUGAACUGUCCACGUUAUAGUUGAAAAAUAAAUGUUAACAAAAGUU